CAAUUCGCAAGCUCAGUAUACUUUCAGCGGUUGCGGUGAUCACAACGGUUUUCUUCAUUAUUCGUUGCCGAAAUUAUUCUUUGAUAACAAAUACUUAAAAAAGUUUGAAAUCUUAAUAACAAUGACAUCUGAUACAUUUAAAAAAAUACGCGCCUGGCUGGCCGUCGCGCUCUUAACGUUAUUGAUGCCGACCAUUCUCUUCUUUUCGGUGUUGAUAUAUUUCUACGAUAGUUAUGUGAGAAGUAGAGUGUGCAAAAGCAUUGCCGGCGACGUGGCUGUGGUCACCGGUGCAGCAGGUGGUCUGGGUAAAUGUAUCGCUACAGAAUUGGCCGCUAAAGGAUGUCAUGUCGCUAUAUGUGAUAUCAAUUACGAUUUGGCUGUGACGACAGCGAAGGAAAUCGCCGAUAGAUAUGGCGUCAAGACAAAAGCCUAUAAGGUGGACGUCACUAAAUACGACGAGAUUGUGGAACUCAAUGAGAAACUAACCAACGACAUUGGCGCCGCCACUAUACUCGUGAAUAACGCCGGGUUGCUAUUACAUUCAGAUCAACUGAAUCCCACAGUGCCAGAAAUUGAGUUGAUGGUUAAAGUCAAUUACUUGUCACACUUCCUGACAAAUCGCGUGUUUCUGCCAAAUAUGAAGCAGGCCAAGCGGGGCCAUAUUGUGGCCAUUAGCUCUGUAGCUGGUCUAGUCACGCUGCCACUAGCUGAGCCAUAUUGCAGUGCCAAAACCGCUGUGCGCACCCUAAUGCGUGUCUUGCGCGCCGAGCUGCGUCUAAACAAUAUUACGGGCAUUGGCGUGACCACAGUGUUUCCCUCAUUUCUGAAAACUCACUCCAAAGUGGAAAAAUUAGCUCGAGAUAGCGGUUAUGCUGCAAUGUAUCCGUUGUUGAAGGGUGAAGAGGUGGCGCGAAGAACUGUGCUUGGUAUGCUGCGCGGUGAAGUGGAGAUCGCGAUGCCGGGAUUCUUUAUGAUCCUCUAUCGUUUUAUAACUAUUUUGCCGUCGUGUGUCCAAGAUUGGUUGGCUUUCUGUCCAUCAUUUGCCAAAUCUACUUACUUACGCGCAUUGGCAGCAAUAAAAAAACAUUAGAAUUUUGUGUAUUAUUUUAUUUCAACAACUAAAUAUUUUAAAACUGACGACGAAAAUAACUUUAGCUGGUAUUUCUUAGAAAGAAAUUUAAAUAUCUGAAUUAAGUCUGAAUAUAUAUUUUUAUCAUAAAAUAAAGCAUAAAAUUGUCAGUUAAU